UUACCAUCUGAAUUCAUUGGUUCUCCUUCCCACCUCUGCUUUACAUUACAUAACGUUCUUCUGGGCAGCCUCAGGGUUUUGGCCAACUUUGUGACUUUAUGCAAUGCUCAGUGCUGUGUCAUACCUAAUAAGAACACUCCAGGCGGUUUAUCUAAUGGGGAACGCUGUCCAGAUCUCAAGCUGCCCAGCAAGUUGGUCCUGGGGAGGCUGGGCAUCCUAUCCUUUCUAGCAGGCCUUGCUCUUGUCUCAAUGACAGCCCUGUUACAACCAUGCAUUAUGACAAAAACCAAGUGCCAGAAAAUCUUCAACAAGGAGAUCUGCAGCUAUAAGGUGGUGGAACAGAAUGAUCCAGAGAGGACCUGUAUUGUCCUGUAA